GAUCAGUCUCCCCAAUAUCCGGUGAAGGAAACUGGGGACAGAUGGGCGUGCUGCUCCCAGCUGAGUCCUUCCUAAUGCACCUGCUCGUUCCAGAGGCCAGCGGCAGGGUGGCCAUGAGUCUGAUGGCCUGUGAGUGUCUGCCCGGGCCCGGCCUGGAGCCUGAGCCCUGCUCACGAGUGCGGUCUCAGGCCCACGUGUACCUGGAGCAGAUGCGCGACCGGGUGGCUGCGGGGACGCCUGACAUGACCAAGCGUGACUAUCUGGUAGACGCGGCCACGCAGAUCCGGCUGGCCCUGGAGCGUGACGUCAGUGAGGACUACGAGGCGGCCUUCAACCACUACCAGAACGGUGUGGAUGUGCUGCUCCGAGGCAUGCACGUCGACCCCAACAAGGAACGAUGCGAGGCCGUCAAGCUCAAAAUUACCAAGUACCUGCGGCGGGCUGAGGAGAUCUUCAACUGCCACCUGCAGCGAACUCUGGACACCAGAGCCAGCCCUGGCACGGGUUUCAGCAGCCUGAGGCUCCGGCCCAUCCGUGCACUGAGUUCUGCCCUGGAGCAGCUGAGGUGCUGCAGGGUGGUCGGGGUCAUUGAGAAGGUGCAGCUGGUCCAGGACCCGGCAACCGGAGGGACCUUCGUGGUGAAGAGCCUCCCCAGGAGCCACGUGGCGAACCGGGAGCGACCCACCAUCAUCCCACACGGGGUUCCCUACAUGACGAGGCUGUUGCGGUACUUCGUGAGCGAGGACUCCAUCUUCCUGCACCUGGAGCACGUGCAAGGAGGCACUCUCUGGUCCCACCUGCGCUCCCAGGCACGACCCCGGCAUUCUGGACUCAGGUCUGGCCGCACCCAGGAGAGAAUGAAGGCUCAGCCCAGCUCCCACCUCGGCCUCCAGACCCCUGGGCAGGACAGAAGCCUCUCGGAGUCCCCACAGACUUCCCAGAGCCUCCCCCCCGCUGGGGAGGCCCCAUCCGCCAGCCCCCAGAAUGGAGUUGAGGGGGAAACCCCAGCCAGGACCAGCUCUUCCUGCUCCCUGGACCUUGCAAAGGUCCCUAGUGGCCACCUGCACAUUCCAGCCAGGCGGCCUGGCCAGAGCUCGGACCCUGGGCCCUCUCGGGGGCUCCCGUGGGUGCACAAGGGGGCUGGCCGGGUGCUGGGAGGCUGUGGCAGAGGCAGGGGUCAGGGCCACCCAUCCACAGAGGGCACUGGCUGGUGGGGCAGCGGCGAGGCCUGGAGCGUGAGGGAGGAGCAGGCGAAGCGGUGGGCAGCUGAGAUACUGCUGGCCCUGGAGGCGCUCCACGAGCAGGGCGUGCUGUGCCGGGACCUCAACCCCCAGAACCUGCUCCUGGACCCAGCAGGCCACAUCCGGCUCACCUAUUUUGGCCAAUGGUCAGAAGUGGAGCCCCAGUGCUGCUGGGAGGCCGCGGACAACCUGUACAGUGCCCCAGAGGUGGGUGGCAUCUCCGAGCUGACCGUGGCCUGUGACUGGUGGAGCUUCGGGGCACUCCUAUACGAGCUGCUGACGGGAGUGGCACUGUCCCUGAGCCACCCCUCGGGAAUCCAGGCCCACACCCAGCUCCAGCUGCCUGAGUGGCUCAGCCGCCCCGCAGCCUCCCUGCUGACCGAGCUGCUGUGGUUCAACCCCACACGGCGCCUGGGCGCCAGGGUUGGCGGUGUCCGCGAGCUCAAGGCCCACCCCUUUUUCAGCAGCGUCCAGUGGAGCAGACUGGCAGGGUAA